UCAGUUAGUCAGUCAGUUUGAAUGCAGUUUAUCGCUGAAUGGAUUAAUAAUGACGGAAGAAUCUGCAGUUAAAGUUUGUGUUAGGGUCAGACCUCUCAUUAAAAGAGAGGAAAGUGAAAGUUCAGAGCCUGUGCAGUUAUUCUGGAGAGCAGACAAACAGAUUAUUCAUCAGCUGGACGACGAUGGAAAUCAAACCAAGAGCUUCAGUUUCGACCGUGUGUUCAGUGCCAACGAGUCCACAGCUCAACUUUACCAGGACAUCGCCAAACCACUGGUCGUCUCUGCUGUCGAGGGUUAUAAUGGGACAAUAUUUGCUUAUGGCCAAACAUCAUCUGGAAAGACCUUCACCAUGAUGGGUAGUGAACAUAACCCUGGUGUCAUACCUCUUGCCAUGGCCGACGUCUUUAAAACCAUCAAAAAUUGUCCAAAGAAAGAGUUUCUUCUGCGUGUAAGCUACAUGGAAAUAUACAACGAAACGGUCACUGAUUUACUUUGUGAGAGCUGGAAGAGGAAACCUCUGGAAAUCCGUGAAGGAAAUUAUAAAAACGUUUAUGUAGCUGAUCUGACAGAGGAGUUGGUGACAUCACCCGAGCAGGCGCUGUCCUGGAUCAACAAAGGAGAAAAAAACCGCCAUUAUGGAAAAACGAAAAUGAACCAGCGUAGCAGCCGUUCUCAUACAAUUUUCCGCAUGAUCUUGGAAAGCCGAGAGAGAAGUGAUGAAAAUGCUGAUGGUGCCAUUAUAGUGUCACACCUGAAUUUGGUGGAUCUGGCUGGUGCGGAGCGGGCGAGUCAGACUGGAGCAGAAGGGGCACGCUUAAAAGAAGGCUGCAACAUAAACCGCAGUUUGUUCAUACUGGGUCAAGUCAUCAAAAAAUUAUCAGACGAAAGUCAAAAGGGCUUCUUGAAUUACAGAGACAGCAAACUCACCCGAAUUUUACAAAACUCUUUGGGUGGAAAUGCAAAAACUGUCAUCAUUUGCACAGUCACUCCUGUCACUGUUGAUGAGACCGUAAGCACUUUACAGUUUGCUAGUGCAGCCAAACGCAUGAAGAAUGAUCCUCAUGUUACGGAGGUCUCAGAUGAAGGAGCUCUCCUGAGAAGAUAUCGUAAUGAGAUCGUUGAUCUGAAACGACGUCUUCAAGAGGUUUCCGGUGUUACUCAAACGACUGCUACUGAACGUGAGUCACUGUGUCAGCUGCUCCAGGAGAAAGAUCAGCUCCAGAGAGAACAGGAGGACCGAAUCAAGAACUUAACCAAGCUGCUAGUUACUGCAUCAAACGUUGCUCUAGUUCCCAAGGUUCCUAAACGAAGAGUGACGUGGGCUGGCAAACUGCUGAGACCAGCUCAUCUCCUGAAUGAAGCUCACGAAUCUACAGAAAUGAGCUUUGCUGAGCCAUACAGCAAGAAAAGACGAGCAGACUGCUCUCUGCCCGAGGAUGGAGAGGAUCUAGAUGAGUUUGACAGCCGCUUUGAGUUUAUGGGUCUGGAUGAGCCCGACAUGGAGAUGAGCAAUAUCACCGUCCGCAGUUCCUCUUAUAGUGCCAAUUUCUUGGACUCACCUCGAGCGAGUGAGUUGAUGAUGAAGGUGGCGUCUCUAGAGCGUCAGCUGGAGGCCGAGACUCAGAGCAAACUAACAGCUGAGGAAAGAAGCACUGAACAACAACUGAAGAUCUCUGAGCUGGAGCUGAAGGUGUCAGAGCUGGAGAAAUCUUCUGAAGCCCUCACACAGUCUCAGCACACAUAUAAACAGGCAAACCGAGAUCUGGAGGAUGCCAUUCAAAUCUGUGAGAGAUUAGGGUUUGAGAAGGAUACUGUUAUUGUGGAGCGAGAUCUUGUGAAACACACACUGGAGCUUCUGAACCAAAACCUGGAGGUUAUGACCGCAGAAAAGGAUUUGCUGAAAAAAGAAAAAGAUGCUCUACAGAAGGAGAUCGAGGAGAGGAGAGAUGCUGAGGAGUUUGAGAAACUUGAACAGGAGAGCAAGAGAGAAUAUGAGAGAGAGUUAGAGGCAGAAAUCAGCAGACUGCAGGAAGCCUCAAAGCAAUCAGAAGACAUCAUCCAGAAACUACAGGCGGAUCUGCUGCUGAUGGCCUCAGAGCUCAAGACGAAGACAGACCUUACAACUGAACUUCAGACUUUUAGUGACAAGGAUCUUGUAAAGGAAGUGACACAGCUGCGCCGCUCAUUGGACGACGCUGAGUGUCUCAGUUUGGAGACUAAAAAGGAGUGGGCUUUUCUGCGAAGUGAAAACAUUUCUCUGAGAGAGCGAGAUGUGACACUGACUGCAGACCAUGAGAAGAUGGAAGCUGAAGUGAAGUGUCUUCAGGAGAAGCUGGAGCAGGAGAAAUCUCGCUUCAGAAAAAUGCAAACAGAUCUUCAGAAAGAACUGAUGGGUGCAUUUGAUGAAAACACCAAACUGACAGCACUGCUGGAUGGAAAGGUCCCAAAAAAUCUGACCGAUAACAUUGUGCUGGAGAAAAGCGUUUCAGAGCUGCAUUUAAAGCUUGAUCAGAGUCAUGAGCGAGAGCGAUCUCUGCAGUGCAAGAUUGAUGAGUUAGAAACACUUCCUGUUAAAGUGGAGGAAUUACUGAAACAGGUGUGUGUUCUGACAGAGGAGCUGUGCUCUGUGAAACAAGAGAAAGAAGCGUUGAUGUCCAGAUUAAAUGAAGAUCAAGAGAAACUGGAGUCCACUCAAGAGCAGCAGCUGAAGAUGGAGAGUGAUUUAAUCGAUGCUCAGCUAAAGGAACAUGAGCUCACUCAACAGCUCACAGAGACGUCACAAGAGCUCCAGAAGAUCCAGACUGAUCUUCAGAACAUCACACAGGAGAACAGCACGCUCCUCACAUCUUUAGAGGAGGUCACACAAAAGUCCAUUCAGUUGGGUGAAGAACUUGAAGGUGUUCGUGCUGAAAGAGAUGAGCUUCGGUCUGAGAGGAUGGAGGGAGUUCAGAAGAAUCCUGAAGAGAUGGAAAAUCUGCGUCUCGCUAUCGGCUCGAUAACCGAAGAGAGAGACCAGCUGCAGGAGAUCAUACAGGUCCUGAGAGAUGAGAGAGACCAGCUCAAGACUGACAUGGAGGAAAACGUUGAGAUGAUGAUUGAGUCUCAAGCUGAACUCCGAGAUGCUCAGGAGAAGGUGAAAGAACUUCAGAGAAAACUAAAUAAUCUGGACUCAUCCAGAGUUCAGACGAUUGACCCAUGUGAGCAAAGAAACCAUGAAGAUGGGCAGCUGGAGAACCUACAAGAUCAGAUCAGACAGCUGGACAAGCAGCUUAGCACUGUAUCUGGUGAGAAUGAGCGUCUGUUGUUGGAGAGAUCUGACCAUCAUGAAGCGUUGGAGAAGAUUCAGAUGAACAUAACGUCUUUAUCAGAGGAGAGAGAUCGGCUCCAGGAGAGAGUAGAGGAGCUUCAGAGAGACAACAACCAGCUGAAGAAACAUCUGGAGGAGAACAUGGAGAGGGUUCUGUCAGAAUCACAGGAACAUCAACAGCAGCAGAGAUCCAGUGAGGAGAUGAUCACUGAUCAACAGAUUGAGACACUAAAGAGAGAACUCGAGACACUGACAGAGGAGAGAAAUCAGCUCACCGUAAAUCUUCAGGAAACAUCUCAACAGGUGUAUGUUCUGACAGAGGAGCUGUGCUCUGUGAAACAAGAGAAAGAAGCGUUGAUGUCUGUUCAGUCCAGAUUAAAUGAAGAUCAAGAGAAACUGGAGUCCACUCAAGAGCAGCAGCUGAAGAUGGAGAGUGAUUUAAUCGAUGCUCAGCUAAAGGAACAUGAGCUCACUCAACAGCUCACAGAGACGUCACAAGAGCUCCAGAAGAUCCAGACUGAUCUUCAGAACAUCACACAGGAGAACAGCACGCUCCUCACAUCUUUAGAGGAGGUCACACAAAAGUCCAUUCAGUUGGGUGAAGAACUUGAAGGUGUUCGUGCUGAAAGAGAUGAGCUUCGGUCUGAGAGGAUGGAGGGAGUUCAGAAGAAUCCUGAAGAGAUGGAAAAUCUGCGUCUCGCUAUCGCCUCGAUAACUGAAGAGAGAGACCAGCUGCAGGAGAUCAUACAGGUCCUGAGAGAUGAGAGAGACCAGCUCAAAGUAGAUCUGGAGGAGAGCAAUGGCCUGCUUCUACAGGUGCAACAGGAGAACGCAAGUCCACAGCUGCAGUCUGACAUCACACAAGAAGAACUCAAACAGCUGAAGGAGGAACUGGACGCUGUGAAUGAAGAGAAAAAACAGCUGAAGUCUGAUCUAGAGGAGAAUGUGGAAAUGAUGAUUGAGAAUCAAGAAGAGUUGAGAGCAGCUCUAGAGAAAGAGAAAGAUCUGCAGAAGACAAUACUGGAGCUAAAGGCCAAACUCCAGAGCUCUGAACUGGAUGAGCUUCACGAGCAGGUAUCUCGCAGUGACCAGAGACUUGGUGUGUGCGUCUGUGUUCAUGAAUUGACCUGUCCUGGUCGACCAUCACAGAUUAAGCAGCUGAGAGGCGAGCUGGAGAGCGUUUGUUCUGAGAGAGAGCAUCUGCUGUCUGAGAGGAACCUAAGUUCACUUGAUGAGUCUGACAUGAUGGAGAAGAUGAAGAGCAACAUCACCUCUCUAACGGAGGAGAGAAACCAACUGCAGGAGAUGCUGCAGGCCCUCAGAGAGGAGACGGAGGAGAUGAAGAGAAACCUGCAGGAGAAACAUGAGAUGAUGGUGCAGUUCAGAGAAGAGCUUCAGUGUGCUGCUGCUGAAAAAGACCAGCUCUUAUCUGAGAGGACCAGACAUGAAGAAGAGAUGGAGAGAUUGAGAUCUGUAACUGUGGAAAGAGAUCAGCUCCUGGAGACUCUACAGACACUUACAGAAGAACGAGAACAGCUUAAGAGAGCCCAACAGCAACAAGACCAGAUGCUGGUUGACUUGAGAGAGCAGCUUCAUUUAGCUUCUGCUGAGAGAGACCACCUCCUUUCAGAGAAGACCAAAAGUGAUCUGGAGAGCAGGACGCUUCUCACCUCCAUCACUGAGGAGAAAGAGCAGCUCCUGGAGAUGCUUCAGAGUAACAGAGAAGAGAAGAACCUGCUGAAGAAAGACCUGGAGGAGAAGGAUGAGCUUAUCCUGGAGCUUCAGUCGACCUGUGCAGAGAAAGAGCAGCUGCUGUCUGAGAGAAGCCGAGAUCAUCAGGAGGAGAUCAGAGCGGCUCAGGAGAACAUCUCAGCUCUGACCGAGGAGAAAGAUCAGCUUCUGCAAACGCUAAAGAUUGUUCAAGACGAGAGCGAGCAGCUAAAGAGAGAGCAGCUUGAGAAGAGCGAGAUGAUUGAGCAGCUGAAACAGCAGCUGAUGUCCAUGUGUGCCGAGAGAGAUCAGCUUCUAGAUGAAAAACACAAGUGUGAAGCAUCCAGCACCUCCUCUGCUAUGACAUCAUCAUCAUCAUGUGAGGGAGAAGAUCACCUCCAGGAGAUUCUGCAGGGUGUGCGAGAGCUCAUCCAGGGCCAAGGUGAGCUAAAACUGAAGAAACUGAAGAGUCCAACAGACCAGCAGCAACCUCAGAUUGAGCAGAUUCAAGUUCUCAGUAAAGAGUUGGAGUCUUUAAGAAAUGAGAGGAUGGUCCUGAGGAGAGACCUUCAGGAGGCUGCUGAGAUUUCCAAAACCUAUCAGGAGUUACUUCAUGUUACUAAAGAGGAACUGAAGCAACAGCAGAAAGAGAAUUCAGAUCUCAUCGCCCAGAGCUCGGCAGAGGAGUCUCGACUCCAGUGUCAGUUGAGAGCGAUUGAUGAAGAUCUUUUGGCUUUGAGGUCUGUAAGAGACCAACAGGACACAACGAUCCAAAACCUCGAGUCCCAGCUCACCUCACUCACCAAACACAAGGACGAGCUCCAGAAAACCUUGGAGAGGACACAAGAGGAGAGUGAGCAACUGAGACGUGAUCUUCAACAAAGCCAACUGAUGAGCACACAGCUGUCUGAAGAGCUGAAGGAGCAGCUGGAGAAUGAGAAGACUCGCACUGAACAGAUCCUCGAGACGUCAAGAGAAGUCAGUGAGGAAAGAGAUCAACUGAGACGACAGCUGGAGGAAAAGAUGAAGCGGCUGACACACAUUGAGUCACGAACAGGAGAACUGGAGAAGCAGAAGAUUCUUCUGGAGUCUGAGGUUCAUUCUCUAAGCCAGUCUCUUACUGAAGUGAACUGCAGCGUAUCUUCUCUAACGGAUCACAGUAAACUGCAGUCCCAGCAGACGUCUUCAGACAUAAUCGCUGAGAUCAAUUCAUCUGAUGAGAAGCUGCAGACGGCCCUCAGAAAGCUCCAGAACAUCGUCGAGCAUCCAGUUGAUUGUUUAGCUGAUGUGAGCCGUGCCGAAUGGACUCUCAUCUAUCAGCUGCUACCGUUUAUCCCAAAAUCCCAGAGAAGAGUCCACGCGGAGCACACCAAGAAAAUGAUGCAACUGAAUUACGCUUUUCUCAGUACAGCGGAGUCGUACAAGAGAAUUGCAGAACGUUUCAAGACUCGCUUUGAGACGGAGAUGCAGCGUGACGUGACGUCGUUUGAGGAGAGCAGAAUGCAGGACCUUCUCGUCCUCGCGGUUCGUGAUCCAUCACGAUCACUUCAGCACGAUUUCCAGCAGGUCUGGGAUCAGAGAUUGUCACAUCUGUUGGAUAGACGUAGACAGUAUCUGCAGAAACUGGAGAGUGUUUUAAAGGUUCUGGAGGAGAGUUUGGCCCAACACAUGGUUAUCGUGUCAGAGGAACGUCAGAAGAGAUCUCGAGUGAUCGAGGAGCUCAGUCUUCUGCUCAGAUCUCCAGACACCAGCACUAUCAUUCAGCUGUUUAAGAGAGACGCUCUUCUCCGCACUGAAGCCACCAAGCAUCUGAACUCUCGUCAUGUGGCUCUGCUGGAUCAAUGUGAAGCUGAGCUCGUCCUCCUCAAAUCUGCCUCUGAUAAAUCUGAGGAGCGCUUGAAGGAGCAGAGAAGGGAAACUCUGACUCUACUGCGAACCCAAGACGACAUCCGUCCCAAAACUGAGGCUGAACUUCUGCAGGACAAUCAUCGUCUGUCCCUUGAGCUUCAGCAGACACAGCGACAGAUGGAGGUGAUUGAAAAGCAGAUGAAGAAUUUAAAGGCCCAGGCUGAUGUUUCAAACCAGAAACACCUUCAGGAACUUCAUGUCCAGCUCAAAGAGAAGGAAGCUCUCGUCCAGAACUUACAGGCCAAACUAAAAGAGUCUGAGGCGCUUGCUAAGAGAGACUUGACACCUGCUGCUGCUGAACUGGAGGCCUUCAAGGACAAACUUGUUAAAAUGGAGCUGGAUCACAUCGCCGUCAACACGACUCAUGAGAAAGAACUGGCACAGAUGAACUCGAUGCUGGAACACAGAGCAGACGUCAUUCGCAAGCUGAAAGAGACGCUCAGGAAAAUCCAACAGGACGAUGAGCAGUCAUUCGUUGAUGGAGAGGACUCUGACCUUCAUUUGAUCUCCAACACGCGAGCGGUCACGUCUCUUAAAGAGAAGAAGGUGGAAGAGCUGCAGAAGAAGAACGCUCAGUUUGAAAGUAUUGUGAGUAAGCAGCAGGAUGAGAUCAUGAAGUGGAAGCGGAGGGCGUAUAAGAUGAAGGAGAGUAAGAAAGACGGUCCAUGCACACCAACCAAACAUCAGGCGCCGCUCACAGAGACUGAAGUCAAUUCUCCAAAGAUGUUUCUGGACUCACCUAAAAGCAAAUUCUUUGAUGUGCGGUCUUCUGGACCUGUCUCCAUUAGCCGCUCAACACGAUUCUUUGAUAACUCGGCCCUAGGGACUGUUCCAGAGGUGUCGUGUGUGCCAGCUGAACCUGUCAUGGAGUUUACAGACAGUGAUGAAGAGGAUUGUAGCAGCAGCUCAGUCGUGGGUUCUGGUGAAGCUCCAGUUGAAGAUUGGUGGCCGAUUCCCAACGUUUCUCCUGCCAAACCCAACGCUGGUGAUGUGAACACCAAUCAAUGCCCGACACAGUGAACACUCCAGAAACUUCUCUUCUCUUCCCAAUGUGAUUCCUGAAUCCUUCAGUAGUGUGGACUACAGUUGUUCAGUUUACUGUUUGUCUUCCUGUACGUGUUGUGUUCUUUCUCCCUUUGUGUUAUGUUUUAUGUAAAUAAAGUUUGUGUUUUAAAUGUGA